UUUUCCCUAACUAGAUCUAUUGUCUCUUGUUCAGCUAGUCACCCCUGCAAUCAGAUCCAAUUGCCGAACUUCAAAGAGCGUUGAACUGAUUAUCUGUUUCUUUCCCCAAACCUAAAUAAACAAAAAUUAGUACAUUAAAAAAAAUUGAAAAAAAAACCCACACCAAAUUCAAUCAACAUUGAAGCUUUUCCUUGUUUGAUUGCUGAGAAGAGAAUAAGAAUCAAGAAAACAACCCCACCCUGGAAUCAUCGUCGUCUAUACUUAGUUUCAGUUUGGGUGAUGACGAAGUUGACGACUCAACGGUGAAAUGGGUGGAAUCAAACCCUUCACCACCACCGUUGAUUGGUCAGCCUCACCUUCCCCGGAACGCCGUCGUAUGAAUUUCAACGAACAUGAUCGCCGUUUUUCUUAAAACCCUCGAAAAAUCUCAGCUGCGGAUUUAUCUUCUUCUUUCUUACUCAUGGACCCUACCACUUCUCGCCCCGCCGUAGUAAUCGAUAACGGCACUGGGUAUACGAAGAUGGGUUUUGCUGGAAAUGUCGAACCUUGUUUUAUAGUCCCCACUGUAGUAGCAGUAAACGAAUCAUUUGUCAACCAGCCGCGAUCAAGUUCUUCGAAAGGCAGCAAUUGGUUGUCCCAGCAUAGUGCGGGGGUGAUGGCGGAUCUGGAUUUUUAUAUAGGAGAAGAGGCAUUGGCUAGAUCUAAAUCUAGUAGCACAUAUAACUUGAGCUAUCCAAUUAAACAUGGCCAGGUCGAUAAUUGGGAUGCAAUGGAGCGAUUCUGGCAGCAGUGCAUAUUUAAUUACCUGCGCUGUGAUCCGGAGGAUCAUUACUUUUUGUUGACUGAGAGUCCAUUGACCCCACCUGAGAGCCGAGAGUAUACCGGCGAGAUAAUGUUUGAGACGUUUAAUGUUCCAGGGCUUUAUAUUGGUGUGCAGCCUGUUCUUGCUUUGGCUGCUGGGUACACAACAUCCAAGUGUGAGAUGACAGGAGUUGUUGUGGACGUGGGGGAUGGAGCUACUCAUGUCGUGCCCGUUGCCGAGGGUUAUGUUAUCGGGAGCAGCAUUAAGUCAAUUCCAAUUGCAGGAGAAGAUGUCACUCUCUUCAUCCAGCAGCUCAUGCGAGAAAGAGGAGAGCUUGUUCCACCUGAGGACUCCUUUGAAGUAGCCCGGAAAGUGAAGGAAAUGUAUUGCUACACAUGCUCUGACAUUGUAAAGGAGUUCAAUAAGCAUGACAAAGAGCCUUCAAAGUAUGUUAAGCAGUGGAGAGGUACUAAGCCAAAGACAGGAGCACCGUAUUCUUGUGAUAUAGGCUACGAACGGUUCCUUGGCCCCGAGGUCUUCUUCAACCCUGAAAUAUAUAGUACCGAUUUUAGUACCCCUUUACCUGAUGUGAUCGACAAAUGUAUUCAAUCGGCACCAAUAGAUACAAGAAGAGCGUUGUACAAGAAUGUUGUCUUAUCUGGAGGAUCAACCAUGUUCAAAGACUUCCAUAGAAGGUUACAACGGGAUGUAAAAAAGAUUGUUGAUGCUCGAGUUCUUGCUUCAGAGACUCGGCUUGGAGGAGAAGUAAAAUCCCAACCCGUGGAAGUAAAUGUAGUCAGCCAUCCAAUCCAGAGAUAUGCUGUUUGGUUCGGCGGCUCGGUGCUUGCAUCCACUCCCGAGUUUUUUACGGCAUGCCAUACAAAAGCCGAGUACGAGGAAUGUGGAGCAAGUAUAUGCCGCACAAACCCGGUUUUCAAAGGGAUGUAUUGAUUUGAAGGACAAUCGAACUAAUAAGAAAAAAAAGAAAGUAUUUUUUUCACAACGGCGAGCAUUGAAAGCGGUGAUUUUUCUCAUGUAUUCAUUACAGGUUCGGGUCACAAUGUAAUGUACAUUUUCAGACAAUAGUGUAACAAAUGGAGGUGUUCUUGUAUUCUUUCACUAGGAAGUAACAAUUCUUUUUUGAGGAAAAAAAAUGUCUGGAAAAGGUAAUCUCAGUUUAUAGAUUUUUAGUAUUUGUUUGGAUUUGAUGCAACUACAACAAAAUUACCAUACCUUCUUAUAAUGUUGAUUUGUUCCUAUUCUUUUU